AGAUAUUCUCUUGUGUUUGAGCCUUCUUAAACGUGUAUUGCACUAGUAAGUAAAGACGUGAAACCUUUGAAAUUUCCUUUCAUUUAAUUGACUACAGUUGUGAUGCAUUACAAAAAAGCAUAUUUGUUUUCGGAAUGAAUAAGUUAUUUCAUAAUCGGGAUAAAUGUUAUUGGCUAAGACAUAUUUGAAGCUAUGAUACAUGAUUUGUUGAAUUAUUUCUAUUAUUUAAACUAUAACUUUGAUCCAUUUAUCCUUCAUUUUCACUGUGAUAAAUGUAGUACAAUUAAAAACAAUACGUUUUUCCUCAACCCUGUUAAAAGGUUCCAAUGUGGCAAUAGAAUUUAGUUAGUUGGCGUAACAUACAUGUAUAUCUGUUUUAUGCCUUAUUCCAAGUACUAAAAAGGCGCGGUGCCCUUUUGCUUGCAUACCGAUGGUUGAUUGUGUUGAUAUUGUUUUCCCAUGCAUCUCGUUAUGUUUUUACUUUACUUUUGUAAAAGGGCGCGUGUCUUUGUGUGUAUGUCUUUUAAAUCUUUUCAACGUUUUUUUUUUGUUUUUUUUUUAGUUAAACAAAUUCAUUGAUAGUAAUAAUUCAGUUUGAUUAAUAAUCGUUGACAUAAUAUUUGUUUAAACAUGUUACAUUACAAAUUCAACUAGCGUUGUUUUUGCUUGUUUUUCUUUUCCAAUCGCUAAACCAUCCGAUAGUUUCAAUAAGUAGUGGCUAAUGAAAAACUUCCGAUUGUGUACACACAGUUGUAAGUUAUUAUGUUAGAGCUAAGUGUUCGAAUUUAAGCAGGAAUAAAGCCCUGAAAUUGAUUGUGAUAAAAAUCAAUUCGACUAAGUGUUUUUCAACGUAUAUAGGUAUCAGAUUUAGGCGUAAGUUCCGUACAAAACACACCUGGUUCACAAUUUAUCUAGGAUGGUGCCGAACAGGACAGUUGCUUUGACUUUGCAGCUUAUAGUGAUCGCAACCAUUGUUCGUCAUGAUUCUGGUGAAAUCAUUACUAAAGACUUUACUAAAACGGCCAUGUCCGGCUCGGUCAUUGACUUGUCUGGCUACAACCAAUUACAAGCUGUAACGAGGAAGUUAGAUUGUGCCAAGCAAUGCAGCGAAGAUGACACAUGCUCAAACUUUUACUACACGUCAUCAGAGCACAUUUGUUACCUGAGUGGCUCGUCUACGUCGCAUGUGUAUAGAAUUCAAACUGCAAGUUUUGCAUUCUAUAAGUUAAAUGAUGGUGCGCUUGGUUGUCCAGUCAAUGGAGGUGGAUGGUUUGUGCUAGAAAAGGACUCUAAUAUUAUGUUCAGUCUGUUUACCACAACCGCUAAUUUUAAAAGGGGAUCUUUUUCCCCUUGA